CACACGCGAUAGAGAAAGGCCGAUGUUAUUAUCAAAUAAUAAUUGUCGACUUGUCGUUUAUAUGUUACGCUGUUUUCAUUUCAUUUUAUUCUUUAUUGUAGUAUUCUUUGCAUUUUACUACCCGUUUCUAAUGAGUUGACAAGGAUUAGAAAAAAAAAUAAGUAAUCAAUUAAAGGAACAAGAAGUACAAAUUUUUUUUCUCCAUUUUCACUAUACACUAUAGUGACAAAGCUUUUAUCAUAUACGGUAUUAUUCAUAGCAUCGUUAUUACCAUUAUCAUCAUUGUGAUUAGUAAAAAUAUAAAGUAUACAGCUAAACGAAUAUCUACAUGUGUACAGAUUAAAGGGAACAAUGUUACUAUUUUUUACCUGAAAUCAUCCACCACGUCACUCUAUUAUCGGUCAAAUUAAUUAUAAAAAAAUCAAUCUAUAAAUAAACAAUCGGUCAAACUUUAUCAGCUCCAUGUUUGUUCCUGUUGUAUAAGAGCCGUUUGCUGGUACAAAAAAUAACAACGAUCGACAAUAAUAAUUAUCGCCUAUGUGUUGGCCCUGAUAGCCAUAUAACAGCAAGCAUCGCCGUGGAUAAUGUCACGUAGUGUCAUUAAUAAUAUUAAUAAUAGUAGUAACGAAGUUUCACACGAAGUUUCGGUUUUUCUGUCAAUAUUUUCGUAUCUCUUAUUCAAAUAGCACACUUUGCGCUGGAGUCUUGCGUCUUCCCGCGUUAUGAUCGUGAAUAUCUAUAUGUACACCAAUUAUAGACGAUCAUUUUUACAAUAGUAGAUCAUUUUUAGUGCGAAAAACUAAGGGACCAAGAUAACAAUAACUACAACAGUAAAAAUAUCAAUGAUGACGAUGAUGAUAGUAAAUGUAGUAUAAAGUGGAUAGUGCUUUCCGCCAAAAAAAUGAUUGUAUUGAACGAUGUAAUGAUCGUAAUUUUGAGUUCAAAUGAUAACAGUGAUAACAACGAAAAACGCGUUGGAGUUUAUGGAGAAUACUGUCGAUUAUUAAAGUUUUAUGAAGUAUUACAACAAACUAUGAAUUGAUAUACCUCGAGGUAUACCUUUACAUAUAUACCUGAGUGAUGUCAUACGGUGUUAUUGACAAGAAUGUAAUUCAAAACGCCUUGAGCGUGGACAGCAACGUUCGUUUAUUCGUUGUUCUUUAAAUUGCGUUUGGUUUGGUCUCGUUCGUCCGAUCGUUUCCAACUUUGAAAACGAGUUCGCUUGAAAUCAAAAAUAUCUUGGCGAGAAAGCGUGGCAUACAUCACAAAAUUCAGAAGAUAGAAGUAUACAUGUAUACUUAUAUACAUAUUCAUCCAUUAAGUGUGUCCAUCCAUAUCAACCAUCGAUGACCGAUUCUCAGCUCGAAAAUUUUAGAAAUAUUUGAAAGAAAAUAACUUCUCUGAUCCGGUAUAUGAUAUUUAUGGUUCUUCUUGUUUUUUUAAUUGCUCCGAAUCACACCUACUUUUGUUAUCUAGUGAUUGCAGGCAUAUAUUAUACAGAAUAUUAGUUUUAUAGAAUAUUGCCUAUGCACGUAUGACCGCAGAUCUUGUUGGUGUGCGUGAAUUAUUUAUAACUAUAUUUUAUCCUCAUUAUGAUAUUGUUUUUCCGAAUACACCAGCUAUAUUUUAUUUUAUUUUUGAUGAUGUAACAUUCUGGAUAUUUUUUCUUCUUUUGAUUUCUUGUUUUUUGUUGGAUUUUGAUUUCUUUUUUUUUUGUAAUUUGUACGAAUCAAUUUUUAUUCGUAUAUACGUAUAAACUUAUAAUUCACGUUGACGACUGUAAAUAUCCGAUGUAAUUAUUUCAAUACUUGAUUUUCAAAAAUGUUCGUAUAACGGAUUCGUCAACUUUCAUUAAUGAAUCGUUGGAAUAUCUACAACUACUACCUACUGCUCCCACUUCUGCUGCCGCUGUUACUACUACACUACCACUGCUACUACUACUGCUACUACUACUGCUACUACUAUUAUUACUGCUACGGCAACUCCGAUGAUGCAAAAUAAAAUGCAAACUUUCAGCAGUCUCGCUUUUGGGAAUGUGUUUAAAAAAAAGGCGAACAAAUCGGCUGGAGGGAGUCCAGGGGGAAGUUCGCCGCCCCCACCGCCUACUUUGAUAAAUAAAAUUAAAUAUCAGCCCGGAGGACCCGUUAUUAAAAAGGAUAAACGACAGAGCAGUUCCAGGUUCAAUAUAUCUAAAAACAGGGAACUACAAAAAUUACAGCUCUUAACUGAAGCGCAGCAAGGAAACGAAAGGGAGGAACUUUUUGUACAGAAGUUGAGACAGUGUUGCGUAUUGUUUGAUUUUGAGGCAGACCCUUUAUCAGAUUUAAAAUGGAAAGAGGUAAAGAGAGGCGCGUUACACGAAAUGGUAGAGUAUGUAACAAAGAACAGAUUUGUUAUCACGGAGCCAAUAUACCCAGAGGCGGUGAAUAUGUUUGCAGUGAAUCUUUUCCGCACACUACCACCAUCCUCAAAUCCAAAUGGAGCUGAAUUUGAUCCAGAAGAAGAUGAACCUACGCUGGAAGCAGCUUGGCCACAUCUUCAAUUGGUUUACGAGUUUUUCCUACGCUUAUUAGAGUCCCAAGACUUUCAGCCUAACAUCGCUAAACGAUACAUUGACCACAAGUUUGUACUACAACUUCUGGAAUUAUUCGAUUCUGAGGAUCCCAGAGAAAGAGAUUUUCUAAAAACAACGCUACAUAGGAUUUAUGGAAAGUUUCUCGGACUCAGGGCUUACAUAAGAAAACAAAUUAACAAUGUCUUCUAUCGAUUUAUUUAUGAAACGGAACAUCACAAUGGAAUCGCGGAACUACUUGAAAUUUUAGGAAGCAUUAUCAACGGUUUUGCACUGCCUCUGAAAGAGGAACACAAAGUGUUUCUAUUAAAAGUGCUACUACCGCUACAUAAGGCAAAAUCACUUUCCGUUUAUCACCCGCAGCUCGCCUAUUGCGUCGUUCAAUUCUUAGAGAAAGACGCGUCUUUGACAGAGCCCGUUAUUCGAAAUCUAUUAAAAUUUUGGCCAAAGACACAUUCUCCCAAAGAAGUCAUGUUCCUUAAUGAACUAGAGGAGAUUCUCGACGUUAUCGAACCUGCUGAAUUUCAGAAAGUUAUGGAUCCUUUAUUCAGGCAGCUUGCAAAAUGUGUUUCAUCGCCGCACUUUCAGGUGGCUGAAAGAGCUCUCUACUACUGGAACAACGAGUACAUAAUGUCCUUGAUAUCUGACAACUAUUCUGUUAUACUGCCCAUCAUGUAUCCAGCUUUGUACAGAAAUUCACGUAAUCACUGGAACAAAACAAUCCAUGGACUGAUCUACAAUGCUCUGAAACUUUUCAUGGAAAUGAAUCAAAAGGUUUUCGAUGAAUGCACUCAGCUGUACUAUCAGGAUCGUCAGAAGGAGCGUAAGGUAUUGAAAGAUAGAAAUGAGGCAUGGGUACGGGUCGAAGCUCUGGCUAUGAGGCAUCCUGGAUAUUCUUCCGUCAACAUCGACACCAACUAUCCGUACACGCUGCCACCUGAUGACGAGGCUGACGCGGAUCAGACACCACUGGUAUUUGAGAAGCCUAAACCUAAGUUAAGCGAGGUGCCAAAGACGACUACGGGGAAGAAUAAAACGCUGCUGCGGAGGAAGAGCGAACUACCACAGGAUUCUUACACAAUGCGAGCAUUGUCAGACCACAAACGUGCAGAUGAGUACCUCGUCACGCCACCAGACCCUAAUAACUGCUAGUCCUCACCUCACACCUACACCGACACUUACACAUUAUACGUAUAUGUACGCGUAUACGCAAAAGAUACAUACCAUACACACACCCCUCUACUAUUCUACUUUGGAUGUUGCAACAAGCCCGGGAGCAACUAGUUGGUCACGUAUGAUAUGUAGCGAUAUUAAUAACUGUGAAAAAGUUAUACUGUGCUUAACCAUUUUGAGCAGAGUUGGGCGAAACUGGAACGUUUGCUAUGAGAUUUUUAAUGCUAGAUUUAUUUCUGGAAACUGACUUAUCGUUGAGCAUACAGAUAGAAUCAUACAACGAUCAUCCGUUAUUAUGUCUGAGCACGCAAUUCGCCUCAGCUGAACAAAGGUUGAAGAUGAUUUCAAUAAAGUUACUACAGUAAAUAUUGUCUAGCUUAUGAUCUGCCAAGGCUGGCAGAUUGUGCGGUGGAUUUAUGUCGAUCAUGAACGCUUUAUUUGUAACACUCCUUUGUCCGACUAAUCAUCGUUUGGAUAGAAUACAUGAUUUUGAAUUGAUUAUGAUACAAUACACGAAACCAACCUAUUGAUAGGCACUCCGCACUCUGCCAUUUUCAUUUCUCUGGAUGACGAUAUUUGGGGAAUAUUAUUCGUUGCUACAUUCGAAAAUAUCUUCCUUUUCUUCUUUUGUUAGCAUGAAAGCAAAAAUCUCUAUAGGAGCGAAGAUAGUCCUGAUCAAAAUAAGUGAAAUUUUCAAAUUUCCAAACUAGAAAAAGGUGAGCUAUGGCGAUGCUUCUGUGACGUUGACUGGAGCAGAUUGCAUUAUUGCCCUUCUUCUAAACUAAUUCAUAGCGUAUUUUUCAAUAAUCUACGUAGCUCUACCGAGCACAAAUAAAAAACACGUGAGUAGAUAUUGACUUACUGCUCAUAGUAAAUUUCGUACUGCUGAAUAUACUAGUGAAAGAUUGUUAUGUUGAAAUAAAAAUACAUAAAUUGAUUCUAUUGAGGUGGCCAAGACAAUUCGGAUACAAAACAUAACAUCAAUGACUGAGAAAGUAGCUGAGAAUUUUGAAAACAAGAAAAUGAAAUAGAAAAAACAUUUGAAGUGUAGUCUUUGCGCUGCUGGCCAGGCUGUUACGUUUAAUAUUAUCGAUAUACCUUGUUGAACAAUAAAGUAUGAUAAGCUCUUAUACAUAUAUAAUAAUAAAAAUAAAUAUUGACCAUUAAAACUAUAAUUGACAUAACAAUACGUUAUAUGCCUACAAAUGCAUUUAUGUAAAUGCUGGGUCGUUCAGAUUUUGCGGCUCGAAUUGAACGAUAGUUUGAACGAUCUCUCACGAAGCAUUUUACAAAAUAUACAUAAAUGCGUGUGGUUACUGGAGAAAUUUUUGCAUUUCCUUUGCCACAAACUGUUUGUGAAUAGAUAUAACUUUCCCAAGUGUUCUCAGUCAACAGGCCACCCCUUAGGCGAAUGUUGGUUGGUGAAAAAAGCUAGCGAGUUUCAGAAAUUUAAUUUUUAUUUGGUGUUCGUGUGUCGAGUAGACUCACUGCGGCCUUAGCGAUAUGAUUCGGAAAAAAGCUAAUUAGAAGCCUGGGAAGGAAUCAUUUGUUGAAUGCCGUACUGUGUAGCAAAUGAUUAAGAGGGAAAAAAUGAAUUUAUAAUUACAAAAUCGAGCGUGAUAACUGCAACACGUUAUUAAAAAGCCUAGAAAUCAAGUUGCAAAGACGGAAGAAGUCGAAAUACCUUAUUACCCAUAUUAUAAAAUCCUAUUAUGGAUGCCUAUCGUUUUAUACAUAAUAUUUAAAUACAAUAUUAUUGAUUAUAGAUUAUACAUACAAUGGAAGAUGUACCGAAUGAGCUUUUCUGGACACAGCAUAAUUUAAUCAUGAAAAAUAUAAAUGUAACUUGUUGCAGGGCCAAAUAAGUACAGUAUGUUGAAAGAGAAUCCAGAGUAUGUAACGAAAUCGAUAUUUUAUCGUGAACAUCAUGUUAGGGUAAUACCUGAUCUAAUCCGCCCGUAAUUGGCACGAUUAGUAAUUGGAGGUAAAUUAGUGUAAUAUAGAUAUACAUAAUAUAAAUAUUGUACCAUCAUCGUAUACGUAAAGAUGCAGAAAAAAAGGUGACAAUGAAACGAAAAAUUGAAGGCAGUCUUGGGGAGAAAAUAAACUAUACAUAAAUAAGUGUUGUAAUUGAUAGAAAAAAUGAUUGAGUGGGUUUAUGAUGCUGUGAUCAAAAACACUCGUACGGUAUGUACAAAAUAUAGUAUCCAUAGCGAGUUAUUACAAUUCUGCCACAAAUAUACGUGUACAGCUUCGUGGCUUCAGUAUUACAUGAAUACCUAUUUGUGCCGUAAGUUUUAAUUUUGAUGCAAACAUUAUGAUAAUGCUGGAUAGAUUUUGGUUGAUACCUACUGUAGAUCUCAUCCAAGUUAUUUUAGCAAAAGUUAUAACGAUCGAUCAUUAUAUUUAGUCGUUCGAAUUCGCAAUGAAUCAAAUUUUUUUUUUAAUGAACUCUUAACAUCACGAUGUAUGGUUAACAUGUAUGUAGUAUGGAAGAAAGAAAGAUUUUGAAGAUUGUAAAGAGAAUAUUUUGAACACGAGUAGCCAAAAUUUAAUCCGUAUGCUAUGCGUUGUUAUUUCUUCUAGUUAUAUCGUAUAAUCUUUGCGUCGGGCUGAUUAAUUACGGUACGCAUCCAUCCACAUUUCAUUCGUCAUACAUUCAAAAAUGCAUGACCGAGUAAAACACAUACGUGCAACAAUUUCAAUCUGUAAUUUGUUGGAGGCUUAGUUUUAUAACAAAUAAAAAAUUGCUACAAAUUUA